AUGGCGCGGGCCGGGGCGCGCGGGCUCCGGCGGGCGCUGCCGGGGCUCCUGCUGCUGGCGCUGGCGCCGCUGCCGCCGUCGGGCCUCGCGGGGGCCCCCGAGGCGCCGGAGCCGCUGCCCGCGGCGGCGCCCAGCACGGCGGCCCCCGAGGGCGGCGACCGCUGCCGCGGCUACUACGACGUGAUGGGCCAGUGGGACCCGCCGUUCAACUGCAGCCGCGGCGCCUACAGCUUCUGCUGCGGCACGUGCGGCUACCGCUUCUGCUGCCACGACGGGCCGCGCCGCCUGGACCAGAGCCGCUGCUCCAACUACGACACGCCCGCCUGGGUGCAGACCGGACGGCCGCCCGCGCGCGCCCGCGAGCCCGCGGCGCCCCGGGACCCGGCCCGCGAGCGCAGCCACACGGCCGUCUACGCCGUGUGCGGCGUGGCCGCGCUGCUCGUGCUGCUGGGCAUCGGGGUGCGCCUGGGCCUGGAGAGGGCGCGCAGCCCGCGCGCCCGCCGCACCGUCACCAGGACGCUGACGGAGCUGCUGAAGCAACCAGGACCCCAGGAGCCCCUGCCCCCGCCUCUGGGCCCCCCUCUGGGCAGCUGUGUGCAGGUGCAGAUGGGAGAUGGGCUCCCCAGGGGCUCCCCCCACAACAACACAGGUGAGUAUCUCCCUUCUUUCCUCUGCAUCCCCGGCACAGCAGGGCAGGGCGGGACUUCUGCCCUCAGCCCCCCCCCCCAAAGGCCCAAGCAGGUCCCUGGAUCCUGCAAUCUUGUUAUUUAUUCGGAGCUGCGUUCAGGCUCUGGACUGAGCGGAGGGGAGGCAGGGGACGAGGCACGAUCGAUCCGGCCCUCUGAGCCGCCCCUGAAGCCUUCUCGGUUUACUCCCGCCGCCCCAGACAAGAAACGUCCCAACAACGCGCCGCUGAGGUCGGCCACCCCCGGGCCCCCGCGCUGCCCCCGGUUGCAGGACGGCAGCGGCCUGAGCCUGCAGCGCGACUACGCCAAGUUCUCCUCGGCCAAGGCGGCGGCGCUCAAGGCGGCAGAGGCCUGCGGCCCGGACUUGUACCAGCGCUUCCCCGGCCCGGACCCGGCUCCACUGACCCUCCCGGCGCGGGCUCCGCGGCCCCCGGAAGAUUUGGCGGCGUUGCUGGACGCCUGUCCCUGGGCCCCGCCGGGCUACGCGGCCCCGCUCGGCCCGACCCCUCCGGGCCACUACCACGCCUGGACCGCCGGUCGCCCGGGAGCCCGGCCCGCGCCCCGCGGUCACCCGGCAGCCCAGGCCUCCCCGGCGCCCCGCCGCCCCGGCCACGCGCCCCGCCGCCAGCACAGCGCGGACAGACUGCCCGAAGCCUCGCGGCCUCCCGGCCUCUACUACGGCACCGCCGGCCGCGGGCCCCGGCUCCUGGGCACCCACAGCAAGGCCGAGGUCACCGUGUGA